AUGUCUCUUGCACUUGCAAAAGACUUGGGAUUCAAGGAAUUCAAAAGCCCCAAGAUAAGAGUCGAGUUCGCGGACCUAUCGUGCAUGGAACCUUAUGGAAUGCUUGAAGAUGUCAUGAUGGAAAUAGGGGGUCGAUUAGUCCCAACUGACUUUCAAGUCAUGAUUUGGGAAGGCUCAAAGAGGAAUCAACUGAUUCUUGGAACCCCAUUCCUUGCUACAGCUGGAGCGGUCCUAAACUACUUUGGGAAUCAUCUAUCUUUUGGCCACAUCCGGCAAGAUAUCUUUUUCCCAAGUGUAAAUUUCAGGUCAGUGCCAAGUGCGACCAAGCUACCACCAGAAGAAGCCACUCUCAUGCCUAAGAAAGAAGCUAUGCUGCAUGGAGAAAGAAGAGAGAGUGAGCGCUACCCAAAACCAAAGGAGAAGAAGAAAACAUUGGAGCCGAGGCAUGAAAAUGUCUUUAAGGAAAUCAACUCCAUCUCACUUCCAACCUUUGAUGAAUAUGGAGCUGAAGAGGAGACUAAUGGUGCACCUAAUCUCUUUCACAAGAUAAGAAUCUUUACACCAAAAGAUUCGGAGCUUAAAGGUGACCAAUCCAUUGAAGAGAAGCUUGAGAGAACUAUGAAGCUUUUCCCCAAGGCAUUGGUUUUCAAAGAUGAUGUGAGAGAUGACUAUGGCGUGCCAACACCACCACAAGAGCCACUGAACCGGAGAAUGGAGAAGCUAAAGGGAUCCUUUGCCCUUCAGCCACUCUUCACCACGAUUGAAAGAAAGAAAAGGAGUCAAGCUAAAUGA